GCUGAGGCUCAGGCCAGGGCGAAGUGCGGAGCUCAACUCAUGGGAUUAACUAAGCACAAAAGUGCUGUUUAGCAGUUUUUCUGCUCUGGCAUCAAGUAAUCAUCCUGAAAUCACUGUUUUAUCCAACUUCAUUUUAACUAUUCGUUGAACUGAAUCUUCCAAGGACUAAGCUGCUGCUUCUAACUCAGAGAAACGGAUGGAUACCUUUGAGGGAAUACACAGCAUCCAUAUUUCCACAUCUCCACCUUCUUCAGUCUCCUCCGUCCCUGGAUAUGAGCUCCUGAAGGCGGGCCGGUCUGGACUAGCAGUCUACUCCUCUCCAGUCUUCUUUGCCACUCCGAAUGUGCCUCCAGCUCAGCACAGGUCCGAUAGAGUCUCUGAGGAGGAACGCUGUGUUGGUGGAAGGUUGGUAGAUCUGGAUCCAGAACCAGUGACUAUUGUGGAGGGAGGAGGCCGAGAUGGACCCACCUCAGGCCGACCUCACGGCCAUCUCUGCGGACUCCGCAGCUCUUCACUGGAAAUUAAAGAAAAAGAAAUCAGAGAAAAGGGUUCCGAGAUUCUCCGGGAGCAGCUGGAUGCAGCCAAGAGGGAACUGAAACUAAAAGACAAGGAGUGUGAACGUCUGUCGCAAGUCAGAAAUCAGCUGGAGCAGGAGCUGGAGGAGCUGACUGCCAGUCUGUUUGAGGAAGCCCAUAAGAUGGUCCGUGAAGCUAAUGUUAAGCAAGCAGGAGCAGAGAAACAACUGAAGGAAGCUCAAGGAAAGAUUGACGUCCUGCAAGCGGAGGUGACCGCGCUGAAAACUCUGGUGUUGACGUCCACGCCCUCCUCGCCUAACCGGCAGCUGCAUCCUCAGCUGCAGUCCUCCGCUUCACAGGGAUCCUACAAACGCGGCGCGGGCCACAUCCGCAACAAAAGCGCCAGUGGAGCCUUUCAGAGCUCACCUGGAAAACCUGAACCUUCACCUGUUUCCAUUCAGUCGGCGGCUAAAGAGGAGCGGGAGAUGGACUCAGUUCUGUUUGCAGAGUUUUUGUUGUGGAAGGAGCAUCCAUGUCUGGACCGAUCCUCCGCCUUCCUGAGUCGCAUUUACCGAGAAGAUAUAUCGCCCUGCCUUUCCUUCACAAGAUCAGAGCUGUCCCAGCUGGUCCAGAGAGCAGUGGAGAAUAACUCCCUGACCAUGGAGCCUGUGGCCAUGUCGGCUUUACCCCUGGUUAAAGCAUCUGCUUUAGAGUACGGAGGCCCUAAUGGAUUUAGGGCUUCAGUAGAGACAAAAUGUGCUUUAAGCGGUUUGUCACGAGUCUGCCGACAUCGCAUCAAACUUGGCGACAAGGGGAGCUACUACUACAUCUCUCCGUCCAGCCGAGCUCGGAUCACGGCGGUGUGUAAUUUCUUCACAUACAUCCGGUACAUCCAGCAGGGCCUGGUGAGACAAAACGCGGAGCAGAUGUUCUGGGAGGUGAUGCGACUUCGUAGAGAGAUGACCGUGGCUAAGCUGGGCUUCUACCUCACAGACCAGAGUUAAAUAACUCGGCAGAACCACCGAGUCCCGAGGAGUUUUCAGAAGUGAGUCAAUGGAAGCAGGAAGUGUAACGAGACGAUCGACCUGAUGGGAUUAUUGCUGCGCUGCCGUCUCCAUUAUUUUCAAUCUUUGAUAGAAAUAUUCCACCGAGCAGUAGACGUAUCGGAGCUCAACUUAUCCACCAACAGGCUGAAACUCUGGAUCCUGCAGAAUAAAAACCUUUCAUGGAGUUAAA